CCGUUACAGGAGACCAACACCAGCUUCCCUGCCCCGAGAAGGCUUAGGCUCCUGCUAUGAUGUCUCUGCUGCUUGUGUUCAUGGGCCUCAUGGAAGCACUUCAGAGCCACCCCAUCACACGACGAGGGCUCUUCUCUCAGGAAAGACCCUUGGACAUGGCCCCAACCUCCUUUGAUGAUCAGUAUGCUGGCUGUGCAGCAGCCAUGACAGCUGUUCUCCCAGAUCUCAACCGCACGGAAUUCCAGGCCAACAAAGUGUACGCUGACACCUGGGUGCUGGCAAGCAGCCAAUGGCAGGAGCGCCAAGCCUGGGGGCCAAAGUGGGGCCUCAACCACACCCGGUUGCCCUCACAUCCCCCUGGCUUUCGUGAUGAGCACGGGGUGGCCCUCCUGGCCUACACAGCUAACACCCCCCUGCACAAGGAAUUCAAUGCAGCCCUGCGUGAGGCGGGCCGCACCCGAGUCCACUACCUCCAAAACUUCUCCUUCAAGACGUUCCAUUUCCUGCUGACCGAGGCCCUGCAGCUGCUGAGCAAGGCCCAGCGUUCUCCCCAGUGUCGCCAGGUGUUCCGAGGGGUGCAAGGCCUGCGCUUCCAGCCAGCAGGGCCCAAGGCCACCGUCCGGCUGGGGGGCUUUGCCUCGGCAUCCCUGAAGAAUGCCACAGCCCAGCAUUUUGGAGAGGAAACUUUCUUUGGCAUCUGGACCUGUCUCGGUGUCCCUAUCAAGGGCUACUCCUUCUUCCCUGAGGAGGAGGAGGUGCUGAUCCCCCCCUUUGAGACCUUCCAGGUGAUCAACAGCAGCAGACCUGCCCAGGGCCCUACCCGUAUCUACCUCCAGGCCCUGGGCAAGCACAGCGUGUACAACUGCGAGUACAUCAAAGACAAGCAGUGCAAGUCUAGGCCCUGCCAUCUGGAAAACUCAGCCAUGGGUCAGGGCCCCUUUUCUACAGUCUGGUCCCUUCCACUGCUGCUCUGGUUUCUUGUUGGAGGAGCCUUUCCUGAGAGUCCAGGCCUCCUCUGAUCCAUCAGACUCUGAACA